AUGAAAUUUGAACUUUUACCAAACGAAAUUUUAUGCUUGUGUUUUCAAUAUCUCAAUAUAUUGGAUAUAUUUUAUUCAUUUGAUCAAAUAAAUAAUCGAUUUUCAAAACUUAUUCGAACUAUUCGAUUUCAACUUAAUUUUGAAAAUGUACAAAAAACAAUAUUUGAUAAAUUUUGUGCAAAAAUGAAAUUAAAUCCCGAAAUUCAAAAACAAAUUUAUUCAUUAAAAUUAUCAAAUGAAGAUACAUGUGGUCAAAUCGAUGCAUUUUUAUCAAUAUUUUCACUUAAUCAAUUUUCUUCUCUUCAAUCAUUAACAUUAUAUGAAAUUGAAAAAGAAAAUAUUGAAAAAUUGAAAAUAAUAUUACCAUUAACUUCCUUUCAUAUGAUUUGUGAUAAAUUUCAAGAUAAUGAAAUAUUUGAUAUUCUUCCAAUGUUUAAUCUUCGAACAUUAUCAAUAUCAUCAUUACAUUCUAUUGAGAAACGUAUUAACGAUACUUCAAAUAUUAUAAAUUUAACAAUUCAUGAUUGUUCUUUAGAACAUUUGUUAUAUCAUAUGUUCAAAUAUUUUCCUAUGUUAAAAUAUCUAAAUGUUGAAUAUAUUACUCGAAAAAAUCGUCCAAUAAAGAAUGAUAAUGAUGAUUCAAUAUUUAAUACAUAUAAUGGUAUUCAUUUAAAGCAACUAAUUAUUGGACUAUUGGGUGUGGGUGUGGGUGUGGGUGUGGGGUGUGGGUGUGGGU